AUGGCCGUGAAGGAGGACUUACAAUGCUCUUCCGCAGAAUUGGUUUAUGGUGAGCAAUUGAGGGUUCCUGGAGAAUUUAGUGUUCCAGCAUCUACACAGCCGUUCGCCCCUGGGCUACACACGCAAUUUGCGAGACAACUCAACGUUAGAAUGAGAAACAUAAAACCCACUAACCCUGUCAGACAUGGAGACUGGAGAGUGUUUGUACAUAAAGACCUGCAAGCAACGUCCCACGUGUGGCUUAGGGAUGAUACGGUGCGCCCGCCGCUUGUUUCGCCUUACUCUGGACCAUACAGGGUAAUCACAAGAGGAAGCCACAGCUUCAACAUCGAUAAGGAUGGUAAAGAAGAGACAGUCUCAGUUGAGCGGCUUAAACCUGCUUACACCAAAGAGGGUACACUCCUUCCUCGGUCAGCAAAAUCACCCUCAAACGUGGAGGCCAAAGAAACAGCAGAGAGUCUCGCCGAGCCCUCGGUUUCAGAAGAGGACAACAAAGCAGCAAGUGCAGAACAGGAGCAGCCAUUGCCUGAACCAGAUGUUUUCACGAGAGCUGGUAGAAAAAGCAAGUGCAAGUUUCCCCACAUACCUGGUGCACCUGGCUUCAAAAGGAGGGAGGCUGAUGUGGCGACGUCAUUUAUCCACUGCGCCAAAAACAGCGGGUGA